GGCAGAUGAGACGUCGGUGUGCGCUCGUCCCUUCCCAUUUGACGAGACGUUCAUGGGGAGUAAACAUGUUAAACACGAUCCGUCACCGAGAUCUGAUGUAACCUCCACACGGAGGAGACACGGUUGGCGUGGCUUUUGUUCGAGUUCACGGUUAGGUCUGUUGCUCGCGUGUAAACCAAAGUCUCCCAGCAUUCUGAAGACAUGAAUAUGUACGCUAUGCCCAGCCCAGGAAUACCAGGAUGUCCCCCAGGAUUAGAGUACCUGACACAGGUGGAUCAACUCCUCAUCAAACAAAAGGUUGAGGUCAUCGAAGCCCUCGUCGGUUUCGAGAGCAAUAACAAGUAUGAGGUGCGAAACGUCAUGGGUCAGAACGUGUUCUAUGCUGUUGAGGAGAAUGACUGUUUAAGCCGGCAGUGCUGCGGCCCCCUGCGCCCCUUCAACAUCCAUAUUCUCGACAACUUUGGCCAGGAAGUCAUCAGCAUCACCAGGCCGCUGAAGUGCAUGUCUUGCUUCUUUCCUUGCUGUCUACAAGAACUGGAGGUGCAGGCUCCGCCCGGUAACACAGUGGGCUAUGUGAUACAGCAGUGGCACCCUUUGUCCCCUAAAUUUAUUGUAGCAAAUGAACACAAUGAGCCCGUGCUGAAGAUCCACGGGCCCUUCUGUGGAUGGAGCUGCCUUCCUGAUGUGGACUUUGAGAUUUUGACAAUGGAUGAAGUCAGUAAGAUCGGGAAAAUCAGCAAACAGUGGACAGGUCUGCUGCGGGAGGCAUUCACAGACGCCGACAACUUCGGCAUCCAGUUUCCCAUGGAUCUGGAUGUGAGGAUGAAAGCUGUAAUGAUUGGAGCAUGUUUUCUCAUUGAUUUCAUGUUUUUCGAAACCACCAACUAGGAGCCAUACGGGAUUGUGACAGGAUAUUCCUGAAGGAACAAGGUCCUAAAGCCAUGAUGAUCAUUCCUAAAUGCAGAUUCAUUGAACAACCUUCAAAGGAUACAGAAAGCACAAGAAAUGUGCCCAAAAGUUCUAGCAUUGCAUGAACAAUGAAAUAUAGAGGGUUUGUUUUUGUUUCGGCUCCUCAGGUUUAUUUGUCAUGUUUCUGGGCUGUAUGGCUUCACCUUUCUUGUUUUGUUCUUUUGUUUGAAUAGCAGUGAUCGUAAGGAUGUUGCCGUGUUUAUUUAUAGGGUGUAUUUACAUUUGGGGGACCCAAUAGCUACAAUGAAAGUGAAAAUUUUUACUAUGAAAAUGUUUACAGAAGGAUGACAUCAAUUUACAAUUUCAAAAGGGAAAACAGCCAUGUUCUGUUGGAAAGAAAAGUUAAUGUUAUUAGAAUUUUGGUCAUGCAGAUAUUUAUUUAAAGAUUUACCAAGAUUGUAGCUAUAUUAGAUUGAGUGAUACAGGAUUCAUGUAAUGUAGACAUUGGUAACUGCAAAAAGCAACUUUUCCAUUGAGCAUUCAGUGUGUUUUAACUGAAACAUUUACUGUCAUAUAUAAGGUUCUGCAGCAUUUAUACAUUUAUUUACACAGUUGAUAUUACACUAUGUUUUAUUUUCAUUUACUUUAUUUUAUUUAGGGAUUAAUUGUAGCUUCUUAUGACAUGUCAGCACUGACCACAAGAGGGAGCUAGAUUGUUACUUAGUAUUGGUUCAUUUUUCCAAAUGAACAAUCUCAAAACCCACUUAUGGCAAAUAAGUUAUUUAUUUAUUAGUUUUUCAUGUCAGUGUGUAUUUUUGGACUAACUCAGGUUGAAAUGCAUGCUGCUUUACUAUAGUGCUGAUUACUGCUGAUUCUGGAAAUUACACACCUGCAUUGGAUUCUAAGUAUAUCACGAUGAUUUAAUUAUUUAUUUGUUUGUUUAAUUGUUUGUUUCCACCCAAUGGAGCAUGCAUGAAAUGAUCUUGAUAUCCAUUUUCUUGCAGUUUCAUUGCAUCUGUGACAUUUCUGCUGUUUAAAUGUAAGAAAACUUACAAAGCCAGUAGCUUUCAUCAAAGCCACUUGCCUCCGCUUGGUCUUCAUUAAAAUGGAAAUUUAUAACAACUAAGUUAUAAACAUGAAUUAUGCUGAUAUUAAUGCAAGUAUUUUUGUAGUGCUGACAAUUUGCUUUGUAAUUUUUUUGCUUUAUACAGCCUAAUUAAGACUGAAAAAUAUUAAUUGUAAGCCAUUUUAUGUCAUAUUAAGUCCUAAAAUUCUAAAGACUUUUAUUUUUGUAAAGAUUACUGAAUACUGCCAGUCACAGAUGCUGAUGAUGCCUGUGUAAACCUAAGAUGUCCCUUGUCAACGUGUUUUAUUCUGCCUUCAGUGUGCCGACACCUGCUUGUAGAAUUAUCAUAAGUGGAUUUAAUUCUCCAGAUCUAUUUCCAUUCUUGAUUUGGAGACUUUGCACUAAGCAAAGAAAAUGAACUUAUUACACAGAAAAAUAAAAAAAACAAAGUUUAAAACAAUCAGUGUAAGCAGUGGACAUUUGUUUUCUUAUUUAAUAAAUUUUAUUAUCACAGAAAUGCUUUAUGGCCUAUAAUAUACAGGUAUAAAUACUGUACAAAGCUGGAACACCUGCCUCUGCUGGGUAGUUAAAGUCUAAUAUUUAUUAUUUACCUUUUGGAGAUGAAUGAAGUGGAAAUGACUAGUUCUAAAGUUGAGUUUUAACAGCAAACAGUUUACCUGAGCUAAAUUUUAUAACACACGUAUUAUACCCACUGGCCUGAACAUGUUACCGUGCAUUACAAGUAUGAGAUGCUCUAAGGCAUUUUUGUUUGUGUGUAAACAUCAUCGGCGUAGGACAGAAUGUGACUCAAUCGAAUGUUUUAUUCAAGAACAGUUUAAGCCUGUACUCUACUUUUGCACUAAUACUGUGAACUAAUAAAAUGUUUAGUCCUUGCAAUGUAUUGAUACUGAGCUUGGUUUCGAUUGUGCAAAUAGUCUGUAAAACCACCUCAAUAAAAUGAGUAAAAUGUG